GAUCUAGUUCAUUCAAUGGAGAUCUUUAACAAUAACAAUAUAUGCGAAGACGCUAUCUUUACUACUAAGGUUAAGUGGGUUUUGCUGCAAGGGGAUUAUGGUGUGCAGGCACUGCGCGAGCUCUACGCGCGCGAUGCCAUAGCUCGGCGAAAUGGCCGUGAGGGUCUAAGCUACGAUGAGUUCGACGCGUUUCUGGUCGCUUGUGGCGUUAGGCUGCGUCCCUUCGAGUUGCAAUACUUAUGUAAAUCCUUUGACGAGGGCGGGAGCGGCACCAUCACAGCCACUACCUUUGUGAGACAUUUGAUAGGGCUAAAUCACCGACGUGCAAAGGCAGUGGAAAAGGCCUGGGAACGCCUGGAGAAGGACGAAGCGGGCAACGUGCGGUGCGUGGAUCUGGUUGAUACGUUUAGGCGUAUCCAACAAAAGAAGUCUGUCGAAGGUGGGGGAGCAGGGUCAAACACGGGGCUGAACCCUAUGGUGGCGCCAUAUUAUAGUACCCUCCUCGGCACCAUGGGAGCCGUAUCCAGGGGGAAUAGUGUUGGGCGCAGUAAAGACUCUGUACGUGGUCUCGGGGGAACUACCGCAACGGAUUGCACGCUGAGAGCGAACAAUCAAAGCAAGAUCGACUCUCUUACUAAAGAAGAAUUUGUGGCUUUUUACACAGGCAUUUCGCAAUGUGUACCAAUUGAUGAAACUUUCGAAGUAGCUGUCCUUCGGGAUUGGGAAGCCGACGACACGUGUAGGCCUACGUUAAACGAGACUAAGCGCGAUUGGGGUGAGCAUGGCGAUCCCUUGGGUGACCAUGGCCCGCGCUAUGUCCGAGACGCCGUCAACAUGAGCCUUGGGACAUCAACAGCAUCAUAUAAUUACUCGAAAAUGCAACGCGUACACCCGUAUGUUGAGCCUUUGCCACCACUAGACCGAAAGGAUCUUAUGCGCACGACGUGCAACCUGUGCUAUGGAUCCUACACAAGAAGUGAAUUUAAGUCUGCAGAUCCGCUGGCAACCCGAUAUGGUCAAUCCAUCUAAGCGAUCUGGAAUACAACUAUUAAACCAUGGAACGAAAAAAAAUUAUGUACAGUAUGUAAAAUAUUUCGCGUUUGCUUUAACUUUCAGUCAUAGUUAUUACGAUCUUAUGUGUAGAUGCACAGGGGCAUGAACUCCCCGUAGUAGCCUAA